AAUGGUAGAGUGGAAUAAACAAAAUGCGAGUUCAACCUGAGAUAAAACAAUUAGCAAUGCCGAAUAGCCGUUGAUAAAAGCUUUUAGAGAUAACCCGCUAGGAUCCGCCCAAGAUGGAUCGGUUCGCUUUCAAGAUCGACGCGGCCCUCAAGGCGAAUCUCUGCAAGAUCUGUCGGCUGUGCGGCAUUGACAAUCCUGAUAAAGUGCACAUACUGCUGCCAAAUGAGGGCAAACCCAUCGACCUGGACGAGCCCAGUAUGUCCCAGAAGAUCUACGAACUGGUGGGCUUUACGGUGACACUGGACGACAAAAUGCCGCAGACAAUGUGCAGCCAGUGCGUUGAUAAAAUCAAUGAUUUUUAUGAGUUUCGGGAAAUGUGCUAUGCCACCAAUAAACAAACCAGAAACCUGCUGGGACUGAAGCAAAUAGAGCCCGCAAAGCUCAUGGACUUUAAGCCCAUAGUUAAGGAGGAAUCUCAGAUUUCUGCAGCAGCUGGCAAACGGGGCAGAAAACGCAAGGGCGACGAUACCACCUGGCCAAGAAGUAACCUUAUGGCCAAAACACAGGUCAAGAAGGAGCCAUUUGUGUGGCACAAGAAGCAGAAGCUGCAGCCUCCACAAUCGGCGCCCAUACAGCCCAAGACAGAGCCUGAAAUCAAAGAAGAGCCCGCUGAAUCGGAGAGCAGUCUUAAGGGACCAUGGAAAAAAGUCGGCCGCAAGUCCAUUUGCAGCGUUUGCGGCGAAAAGUUUUUCAGCAAGGAGCUGGCCGACGAGCACAAGAGUCUGGUGCAUGUGCCCUCGAUACCGCGCUACAUGUGCAACGCGUGCAACCAGACGCACCACAAUCAGAGCGACAUACGCGCCCAUCAGCUGUGGCACAAGCUCUCGAAGACGCCCUACAAGUGUCCCCUGUGCGAUACUAGCGUGGCCAAUGCCUAUGCCUUUGCGCGCCACAUGCGCGAGCACACACCGCCCACUCCCGUCCAGCUGCUCGUCCUGGACCGGGAGUGCCCAUUGUGCAAGAAGACUUUCGUCACGAACUACUUCUACAACACUCACCGCUGUGCCAUCCGAAAACGCAAGUGCGGCGGCUGCAGUCGCACCCUUAACACCGAAGCGGCCUACAUGCGCCAUGCCCCAACCUGCGCGAAGAUUUAUCUCAGUCACUCGAAGCACAUCAUGCCCGAGACGGUGACCAAUGAGUCCCAGAUGCGCAUCACAAACGAGGUAGAGGAGGAGUUGCUGGGACUUCCUCCGGCCACCACUGUGCCGCCGGAUUUCGUGAUAGACGAGGGCAUGCUGCCGGUUGUGGUCCUGGAACGCCUUUCAUCGCCUCUGCUGCGGGCUUCGACUGGAGUCAAUCAACUGGGUGCCACCAAGAGCAGAAAUAGCGAAAGGGUAUCGUCCAAGAAUUACAUGAAGCGAGUGGAUCAAUUGCUCAAGAACACGAUAAGCACCCUGGUCAGCAUAAAACAUGAGCCGGAGGUGCACAUCAAUGACACGGGACCAGCGCCAGAACAGGCAGAGAGUGAUCCCGAACCGGAAGGGGAGGAUGAACCACCUUGUUUUGGAGACGAUUUCCAGGCAGCUAACGAUGACAGUGAAGAGACGCAACCGGAAGACGCACUGCGACGGCAAUCCGCUGAAGCUACUGUUACUGCCCUUGCCAGUGACGAUGUGCCCAGUGUGUCGGUCAAACAGGAGCCCCAGGACGGCCAUGACAAACAGAUGGGCGUGAAGCAGGAGCCUUUGAAACUUAAGCUUAAAAUAACGAAGAACCAUGGCAAGUUGAACUCUUCGCUCAUAGAUGAUCUGGAUGAGGCGGGGCUUGGAUCUGGCAGGAGCAGCAAAAAGAAGAAGAAACGAAAGCACAAGGAGCGCGAGAAGGAAGCGUCGGCGGAGGCAGAGAGCUGUCAAACAGAAUCUCAGGAUCAGGCCCCGGUUAGGAUCAAGCAAGAACCCGUUGAUUAUGCUCCUGAAGCCACUGUCAUGACCACGAUUCCCAUGACCCAGUUGGAGAGCAAUUUCAAUGAAAGCGAACAGCACAAGGGAGAGGAUGAGGCUAUGGCCCAUACUCAGGAAGAUAUCAAGCCGAAUCGCAUGGAGCUCGAUCGUAUGAUGCAGAUCUCACAUGUGGCCAGUGGCGUGGAUAUGGCAGAAGAGGCAAUGCCAUUGGAGAGGGCCGAAGAAGCCACCCCUGACGGAACCCAAGCGGAGGAGCUGCCACAAAAGAAGUCUCCGCCUAAGGCGAAGCCCGUAAAGUCCACAGCACGCAAAAGCACUGGUGGAGCUCAACGCAAGGUGCAGACGCCUCCGACAGAUUCCUCUCCACAGAUUGUUGCUGUGGUUAGUGGCGAGUCGGCGUUUAAGAUGAUGCCGAAUGUAUCCAUCAAGUCGGAGCCGCGAAAUCUCGGCUAUGGCGAUGAGGAGCCCGAGGAACAACGAGGCGCCACAGAAGAGAUUAAUCACAACGACAAGAUGGAGGAGGAAGAUGCCUACAUUCAAAGUUUAGAUCUAAGAAACUUAAACGUGAAACAGGAAAAGGACUUGGAUAUUUCCGACCCAGAGGCCAUGCACUGCAACGGAUUAAAGAAGGGCGAUGGGGGCGAGGACGAUGGAAACGAGGACAGUGCCUCUUCGGCCGACGAAGCCGAGGAAGCCAUGGAGGAGGACGAAGGAGUGCGCAUCUAUCGUGAAAUCGAGCUGCCACCUUUGGAACCUCAAAGCGAGCCGGAGGAGGCAUCACUCAGGUUACAAGCGGAACCAGAGAGAAUGGAUACAGAGGUACUAGCAGCUUUGCCAGCCGAGGGGACUCCACCGCAAACUCCGCAAAAACCACAAGAGCCUGCAUUUAGCUUGGUCAUAACCAAUAUCUGCAGUCAAGUCGUUUCGGAACCAGAUGCAGCUCAUGAUGUUGUUUCAAACCGUGAAAAUCCUCCGCCUUUCGCCAGCGAGAGCAUGUCCUUAGCAAAUGAACAUCAAUCCGGGAUUGAGAAAAGUACAUCGCCUUCUACAGAAGUUGACUCCAACCACGCAGCUCAAUCCCAUGGAAGUCCUGUGGCUGAACACCAAACCCACGCAGAUGUUGCUGCUAACCUUACGCCCAUUGCUAUAGAGGCCCAAUCUUCGGUGGAUCCUGCCUCCAUCCUUGAAGAUGGAAAUCGAUCUCUUGCAGAUUUGGGAUCCGACCGUGAAAUGCCGCUAACUGCUGCAAACGAUGUAGCCACUCACGCAGAUUUCGCGGGACAAUCGCAAGAUGAGGUUGCUUUUCCCCAUGGUGACGAACUUCAAUCCUCUCACAUUGCUAUUGAAGAUCACUCCCUGGCAGACGGUGGCUCUAAUCUUAAAGAGUUGGCUGCUACAGUUGAGAAUCAAUACCCUUGUGCUCCUAUUCUUGAGAUGCCUUCCGUCGCUGUAGACGAGAAUGAAUCCCUCCCAAGUGGAAGUUCUGCUCCGCUUAACCCUGGAAUUGAUAUACCUGAAAGCGUCACCCUUGAACCCAGGCAUUCACACUCCCUCAACGAACCCUCGGAAUCUCUGGAGAAACCAGGCAAUGCAGACUCUCUGGCAACAGUUUCCCUCAACGCUCCCAAAGACAGUGAAGCACAGGCCACGCCUAUGUGCGAUGCAGCUAACAUAGAAAAUAAUUAUACGUGCGACGAGGAGCAGCAGAAUGUGCUCAACCAUGAGCUCUCGGAGCAGCAACACGCUCCUGUGGAAGAUGGGCAGCUACUAGUUCACGAAGAGCAGCCGGCCCUACUGGAGGUAGUGCCACCGGGACCCUCGGCUGGGCCAAUUGAGGAGACUGAGAACCGCAUCAAUGAGCAGCAGCAGGACCUGGACCAGGAGGAGGCACGGCCGCCCCGUUGCCAGGCGGCCAUCGAUGACUCCAAUAUCAACGAAAUUGCCGAAAACAAUAAUAAUGCCAACAUUGAGCGCGAAUUGCAAGAUGACGCGCUUGGGGCUCAGGAAAACGUAAAUCCCUAGACUACGGUUAGCUGAUAGGCCAUACCCAAUAUACAACUGCAUGUUUUUCCUCAGUUCAGUUCAAAAUUGUAAAUAUGUAUGGAUUGGUAAAUCAUGCUUUGGUAAUUGGAUAGAAUCGGAGCUACAAAAGCCCGAGCGUAUAAUUUAUACCAUGAAUUGCGAAUAAACUUUUUACGGAUAGCAUUAGUUUUAAGUUAGAUAUACACAACUUUAUUACAUAAAUUAAUGGCUUAUAUAUUAGCAUAUGUAAGUAAUAUGUAUUUAAAUACAUAAAUCGCACAAAACUCUUUAGACAUGCGUACAUAUUAAUCCAAAAUCUGAUCCACAUAAAUUUCUCGCUCUGACAAGCUUAUUGGGUUUAGUAGUUUCGAAAAUGUCACGAAAAAA